CCUCCUGACAUCUAGCUCGUGCGUCGUGGUGCUCGAGGAGCCGCUCUCUGUCGAACGGCUCUGCGUUGCCUGGUAACGCACGUCGCGCGCGCCUCGGCCACCUUUGCGAUGAAGAAGAAGAGCGCCGAGAAGAAGCGCCAUGUGGUGGCGUGGGCCAACAAGGCGGAGUGGGACCAGGUGCUGGAGUACCUGUACUCCAAGGACUCCGCCCUGCAGAGGUUCGCCCUGCAGCGGGUCUCCGCGUGGAGGGGCCGCUACGCCAACAGCUCCCCGGUGGCGGUGGACUGCACCGCGGACCUGGUGCGCUGCCAGGUGCUGGACCGGUCCGGACAGCUGGACGCGGAGGACCUGGUCCUGCUGUACGGAGCCGGCCUGGUUCGGUUCGUGAAUCUGAUCACCGAGCGGCAGCAGGGGCGGACCGCGCGGCCCCUGAGGCGGCUGGCGGGGAACCUGGACAUCCCGGAGUGGGUGGUCAACCUGCGGCACGACGUCACGCACAGGAAGCUGCCCACCUUACCGUGGUGUCGGAAGGGAUGCAAGGUGGUUCUGGAGUGGCUCCAGCAGAAGUACUGGUCCAGGCAGUUGGGAGGAGGGCCUCAUGAGGACUGGGACUCUGAGUCUGAUGGGGAGGAGGAGGAGGAGGAAAACCUGAAGCGCCACGGGGACGAGCUCCUGGCCCGGCAGAAGGAGAUGGAGGCCUACAGGACCGCGCGGGAGCUUCUGAUCUCCUUUGAGAAGGCGCAGUUCCAGGCCUUGGACGGGCCCCCCGAGGACCAGGACCCGAGCCGCCUGCUGGGCGAGCUCAAGCUGCUGGCGCUGCAGUCCGGGGAGCUGCUGGUGGACGUGCUGCUGGAGGACGGCUUCCUGGUGCCCACGGCGGAGCAGCUGCACACGCUGGGCUGCGGCGGCGCCUCGGACCAGCGCGACGCCGCCGCCGAGCCCCGGCUCGCUCCGGCCUUCCUGCGUUUCUGGCUGCCGCUCCUGAAGAGCCUGUUCUCCGCGUCCUUCAUCCACCUGCUGCUGGAGAAGCUGUUCGUGGAGCUGAAGCCGCUCUCCGGGGAGCCGGGCGCGCGCAGCAGGGCCUUCUACGUCGCCGCCUGGAUCUCAGAGAUCAUCGUCUGCAACAGCAACACAUUUGAAUUCCACUUUGAGACGAAGGGGCAGAGGAAGGCCCGCAUGAAGGACCGGGUCUUUGUGAACCGCAUCCAGCUGCGGUGGCAGCAGCUGCUGUCGGCGUGCCUGGAGGCGCCGUGCGCCAGCACGCCUCGCCUGCUGCAGCUGAUCCUGGACGACAUGGAGCACCCCCUCCCCCUGGACACCCGGCACAAGCUGCUCCAGCUGUGCUCCAUCUACACGCAGGGCGCGCACCGCGAGUCCGACCCGCGGCCGAGACAGCGGCCCAUCUACACGCUGGAGAGCCUGCACGACGAGCUGCGGCACGCGCGGCGCGCCGAGGCGGAGCGCGGCGAGGCGUCCCCGGACGGCCAGGCGGAGAAGGUCAAAGGGCUCCGGGGCUCUGCGUGGCAGCUGUGCGCCGACAAGGUGUCGUGGAAGAACUAUCCUCUGGGGAAAGUGCCCGGCCAGUCGGACGACCCUUCGCGCCUCAUGGUGGAGCGCUACUCCACCAUGACGGUGGUGGACCAGCCGGUGGAGCUGGAGGCUCCGCACCACGUCCCGGGAGGCUCGGCGCCCCUGAGAACCGCCGACGGGCUCCUGUGGAACCACAGCGACGUCAACAAGAUGAAGUCGGGACUGACCCUGUUCUGACCGUGAGGCGGGCCCAUCAGUAACGCUGGUUCUGGAACACGUUUCAAAGAAACUCAACUCUCCAAACGGGUCAACUUCAGAACCGAGUCGCUUGUUGAGCGAUGAAAGAUGUUAGCAUCCGCCAGUCGGCGGGGAGACGUCAUUGCUUCCAAAAAGGGAGGUCGAGUUUCAUGUGUGGCAUUUUUAAUGAUCACACAUUAUGUUCUCAAUUAAUGAAAUGUUAGAAUAGUUUCCCAGAGCCCAAGCUGACUUCUUCUACUCACUUCCAGGCCAUAAGUUUUGAUAGACCAGAAAGAUUCACGUGUUCAUAAAAAAGGAGUAGCUAAUAUUAAAGCACUCGUAAAACCCUUUGUUGUCUACACUAUUUGUAAUAGGUGGAAUUAGUGCAGACAUGCAACCCAGCUGCUGUCACACAUUUUGUUCGGUGCACUUAUGGUCAAUAAAGCAUUUUUCUAUCCAUGUAA